AUGGCGACAUCCUGGAAUGAUCUGAUCAGUUCAACGGAGACGGUGAAGCCGGCAGACGAUGUGCUGAAGGAGGCAGUGCAGUUCCUGGUUGAUGUUGCCAAGCUCCCAAAUCCGAAUGCAGCCAGCGGUGUCGCUGAAGCAGAUUUGGACAAACUUCAACUACCAGCUUCUUUGCCAGCCUCAGCGUUGAUUCGCUGCUUGGUUAGAAGUGUUGAAGCUUUGGACAAAGCUCGACUUGCGCAGGCGACUGCAAAGUCGGCUUUGGCGUCCACUCCUGUUUCGGCAAAGUUGCUGGCGUCCGCUUUGGCUCCAUCCAAAGUGCCGGAUGUAGCGGACCUACUGCAGCAGUGUGGUCUUAGCAAACUUGGCUUUCAUGUGCAGGCGGAUCAGUCCUUGUACACCACUUUGCAGGUAGCCUCAGAGGAAGCAAAGGCUCAGAGCCGCGUGCCCUUCACUUAUGUGGAUCUGACCAGCAAAGAGGUUCUUCCAUUGUGGUUGCCAGCAGACUCUGUUGGUGGUAAGUUCACUUUGCGAGAUGAAGAAGAGUCCAAGCUUGUAGGCCAUCACUCCAUAGGGUCGUUGAGUGAUUUGUCAAAGGCCCUCAAAGGGGCCACUGCAACCCCCAGAUUCUUUCGCAAUGUCCAGCAGUGGGUCGCUGCAUUUGUCAGGUAUGCAACUACGGCGGUGGCAACUGGACAGAUGACUUGGCCAGUUGUGUUUGGUCACCUGGAUGUGAUUCUCCAAAUCUGCGAGCAAGAGAAGAUCAAAGGUCGUGCUCCUUAUCUGGCUUUUCUUUAUGAUGAUCUGCUGCGCCGUCAGUGGGCCCGUCGGGCAGACAAACGUGAUCCAUCCCUGGACAUUGCCAUGGAGUCGCAGAAAAUUGACAAGGACAUCCUCGAAUUGGCAAGACAAAGGUUGAGCCAAGUUUUGCAAGAGGUGGGCAUACAAGACGAUGUUUCGCAACAAAUGCCAUCCGCCGCAACAUCAUCCACAACCUCUUCCAGUGCGGAUGUGGCGCGGCAACUUGCGGCUGCUGAGCAAGCUCAGAAGCGAGCUGAUGCUGCCAGUAAGAAGUUGAGUGAGGUUCAGGCUCAGCUCUUGGCAAAAUCUUCUGCGGCAGCAAGCCAGGAUGGUGGCAUAAGCAAGCGCCAGCUAAAGACCCAUUGGUUCUCCAAGCAGAAUCAAAGGUAUGCGGCGAACCUGACGAUUGGUCUCAUAAGCGCCUUCUUCUUCUUCAUGUACCACGUUUACACGCUCAUCGUGAACUACGGAGAGCCGAUGAUGUCCAAGAAGGAGGCAGAGUACAUCUCAGAGAUUUGGGACAUGUACAAAUCGCUCAACAUCACACCUCACCCGCCGGAAAUAGCACCCUUCAAGGUGGAGCAGUCUCAUGGAUUCCUGGGCAACUACUACAGAGCAGCAUUUCCUGUGACCCAUUCCGACAUCCACAUUCCAGAUCCUCAUUCCAUUGGUUUCAUUGGAAAGGAUGCCAACAGUUUGUCAGUGACCCUGCGAAAUUUCAAGCUGACAGAGAUCCAUGAGGAACAUCCUAGUGACCGACAUGCUGCAGCCUGCUUGGUGGUCAAUGAGUUUCACCAUUUUGUGAGGAAAUUGGCCAAAGAGAUGAAUCCUACAAACGAGGUGAUUUAUGAUAUCAACCAGAGAAUCCAGCUUAUCGAGUGCUUCAUCACGCGCUGCAACAUUGCCAUGCACAAGUACAGACCUUUCUUGGCACUGAUGGUUAGGUUGAAGGAUGAACUGCAGCAAAUUAUGAAUCUUUGGCCUGCAUUCCGAACCCAGCAAAAGCUGCAAGAGCAAAUCAGGAAUGUGAAGCUCCAUGUGGAUGCAGCGUUGUUGCGCUUGUUGGGCUAUUGUUUCUACGUGUUGAAGUGCGAACCGGGCGACUUCGCCUUCGAUCCACAAGAUUGGCACCCGGAGAUCCGAGACACCGAGAGCGUCCACGACAAGAUCAUGCAUUGGUUGCUGCUACAAGAUCACGUCUAUAAUUCAGCGACCAAUCAUUCAGUUGAUAGAGAAGCGUGGAUGCUCCGGCUGAUGGACACGGGACAUGAGGGCGACAUCCUCCAUCAGAUGAGUGACGCCUGGACAGAUCCUAGCGCAAUGAGCGAGCCUGUCUUGGCAAUCGGGGACAUGAAGGGCGACGAGAGUGGACUUCCAAGCAAUAUUUUCGCCUACGAGACUGACAUGAGCCCAGAGCAGCGUCGUUCAGCGAUUGAACUUUGGCUCACCCUCGUCAGAGAGGCUGUUGGCACAGCGAGCUUCGCUGAGUGGAGAGGUGCGCAUCUCGCGAGAGAAGAUCGCAGGAGCACUGCGCUCUUGCUUCAAGGAGCUAGAAGAGGACCUUGGGCAACGGAUUCCUCCAGGCCAUGCGCAGAUUCUCACACGUGACCUUGCCCUGAGCCUUAGACAGCUGCAAGCACGGAAAUUCCUGACGGACGCAAUUGUAGGCUUUCAUAGUGCUCGCGUUUGUUUACUAGUAGCGUCCAUGCUCCUAGUAGUAAGGCCAGGAGCCCCUAGUAGCGUCCUUGUCGUUGGAGAACAUUGGAGAACGUGACAAGUGAGGCUUUGGAGUUGGACAUUGCCAAGAAGCAGCAGAGCCUCCAAGUCUGCUCAAUGGGGUUUCCUUCCAGAGAGGGAGGCAUUGUGACGAUGGUGCGGCUUCAAGUUGACUUGCAAGUUACAGGCCGAUGCUGUGUGAACAGCCGGCUCAAAUGGGAUGCCGAUUUGGGGGUGCUGGUUUUGCCAUCUUUAAAGGAUGUCGUCGAAAGAGUGUCGGAAAUGUCGAAGGAUGUUUCAGACAAAGAUGCUUUGAUAGAGGAACUGUACAAAUUUGUCUCUGCAGGGACUGAAAUCUUUCAAAAAAGGUUCAGCCCUGCUCGCUACCCUGAAGUUCAAGAAUGGCUUCAGAGGGGGUAUCAAGUCACAGAAGUUGUUGGUACUCCUGUCAACAGUGAAAGCUGUGCCAUUUGCUA